UGGGGGUUGGUGGAUGAGCGGGUUCUUUCUCGCAUGCGUCGAAAUGUGCUACGCCACGCCACAGACCCCACAUCACAGGCGGUUUCAACUUUCUGGCAGGCAAACUGUCACUUGACUUUGCUUGCACUGUCAUUGGCGCUGAAGAGAUCAGGCAACAACAACAACAACAACGCAGGACAGCUGCCGGUCCGACUACCCACACAGUACUUCGUUCCCCAGGACACACUAUCACAACUCAGCCGACAUUCCUGCCACCUCGCCUUCCGUUGUGAUAGAUAUGCGCAAGCUGGUUCGGGAGGCCGAGGGCGGCUAUGCGCCAGUGGACACCGUAACAAACCACGACAGCCCUUCGAAACAGCGGGCAGGGGUUGCAGCACAUAAGCAGGGGGUGAACCCCUUAUGGAAGGAUAAGGGGAACGUCAUUCUUCUCGUCGUACUAUACCUUUUACAAGGAGUGCCACUGGGUCUGACGUUUGGAGCUAUUCCGUUCUUGCUCAAGAGUAAAUUGAGCUAUGCGGAUAUCGCCACUUUCUCGCUGUCGGGCUAUCCGUAUUCCCUAAAGCUCUUAUGGUCCCCGAUUGUGGAUUCCUUCUACUUUAAGAGUCUGGGUCGGAGAAAGUCGUGGAUCGUACCGAUCCAGGCGUUGACAGGAUUGGUCCUGUUGGGCCUAGGGUCCCAGAUUGAGGAUGUGCUCAACAAGCCCAUAUUGCCGGUCAAAGCGCUCGCAUUGGCAUUCACAGCACUUGUCUUCCUCUGCGCCACGCAAGAUAUUGCUGUGGAUGGCUGGGCCUUGACCUUGCUCAGAGAAGAGAACAAGCACUUCGCAUCGACAGCUCAGACGAUCGGCUUGAACACAGGAUAUUUCCUGUCAUUCACAAUCUUCUUGGCGCUCAACUCUCCUGAAUUCUGCAAUAAGUUCCUCCGAAACAUCCCAGCCGAGACGGGUGUUCUAGCGCUUGGUUCAUACCUGAAGUUCUGGGGUUCCAUGUUUUUGCUAUGCAAUGCUUGGCUGAUCUUUGUCAAGAAGGAGGAUGUUGAGAGAGAUGACACCAUCGACGACAUUAAGGAGGUGUACAGCACCAUCUGGGAGGUGUGCAAGAAGCCACACAUGAAAAAGUUCAUUGGAGUCCUACUUCUAGCAAAAAUCGGCUUCAUCGCCAACGAAGCCGUCACACCGCUCAAACUCCUCGACAAGGGACUAAAGAAGGAAGAUAUGGCGCUCAGUGUCCUGAUCGAUUUCCCGUUCCAAAUCCUGUUUGGAUACUAUGCUGCGAAAUGGAGUAGUGGGAAGGAGCCAUUACGUCCGUGGCUGUACGCGUUCUAUGGUCGCUUGGCUUUUGCCGGUCUGGGAAUGUUGCUGGUCAACUCGUUCCCGGAGGGCGGGGCUAGUGGUGGUUACUUUUUUGUGGUUAUGGCCGCGACCGUCUUGAGCUCGUUCACAAGUACCGUGCAAUUCGUCGGGAUGGGCAGUUUCUUCACAAAAAUCAGUGAUCCUCUGAUCGGAGGCACAUACAUGACAUUGCUGAACACACUAAGCAACCUCGGCGGCACCUGGCCCCGCUACUUCGUCCUCGAAUCCGUCGAACUCCUCACCACCUCCCACUGCGAAUCCAGUAAAGACGCAGCCUGGGGCGUCGACCAAUCCUGCUCCACCGACACCCAAAAAGCCGCCUGCAAGGACCUCGGCGGGACCUGCGUCGUCGAUCAGGAUGGGUACUACGUCGUCGGCAUCAUUUGCGUGGUUAUCGGCUUUAUGACGCUGGUCGGGUUCAUUAGGCCGAUGAUUAAGGGAUUGUAUAGGGUGCCGGAUGCGGAGUGGCGGUUGAAGAGGGAGGAUGAGGGGAAGGCCAAGAGGAAGGAUGAGAAGGCUGCUUAGGGCGUGGAUUACGACACGUUGGCAGGUUUUUUUUAUCUUACUGCGACACUCGCUGCAUAUGCAUGUACACUAGAAGUUUUGAUCGGGCUAUAGUAAUAGAUCCUAGAGCACGUACUACACUUUGUCGCCGAAGAGGUUGCCAAAAGGCUUUGCCUACAGAUUUCUUUUACCGAGUGACUAGACAUCCACAUUGGCCCCAUA